CACAGACCCUCAGAGCUCCGCACGGCCCCUGAGAGCCAUUCACGGCCCCGGAGAGUCCCUCAGGGCCCCUCAAACCCCUCAGAGCCACUCACAGCCCCGAAGAGACCCGCACGGCCCCUCAGAGUCCCUUGUGGCCUCUCAGAGCUCUGCACGGACUCUCAGAGUCCCUUACGGCCCCGCAUAGCCACUCAUGGCCUCUCGGAGCCCCUCACGGCUUCUCAGAGCCUGGCACAGCCCUGCAGAUCCCCACACAGCCCCACUCCAGCCCGGGUGGGAAGAAGCUCAAGCCGGAACAGUGAGGGAGAUGUCGUAUCUGUGGCUGACGUGAGGCAUCUGCUCGAAAAAAAUGGUGUUUUGAUUAGGGUCUGCGUCUCCUUGAUGCUCUGCAGCAGUUUGCCUGGACAGGCUGUGCAGGAGCUUCUCUAGCAGCGGUGAUAGUGUAUGUUCCUUGAGUUCAGGAUACACGCCAUCAGAGAUCACUAUCAGCACCAAGCCUAGUGUUCACUGCUCUGAUGGCUCUGCCACCUCCGGAUCCACAGUUUGUGCUCAGAGGUACCAGUGCUGCAGUCCACACCCUGUAUUUUUCCUGUGGAGGCUCAGAACCUGAUAUCCCCCUUCUUUACUCUGGGUCUGAGAGUGGGUUUAUCCAUGUCUGGAACCUGAGAACACACAGAGUGGACACAGCAUUGGAUGGCCAUGGAAGAAAAUCUGUCUACUGCGUGGAGACAAUGGGUGGUAAAGACAGGCUUCUCAGUCAGGGGCGCGACCAGAGGAUCUGCUUGUGGGAUUUAGCAGAGGGACGGACUUCAGUGACGGAUUCUGUCUUCACGGAGCAUGUGGGAUUCUGCAGAUGUUCUCUGUUAAAGGUGGCACAGGGACGCUGGCUAAUGGCCAUGGCAGCCAGAAGCCUGGAGGAGAUUCAGAUUUUGGAGCUGCCAUCCAAGACGUCAGUCUGUACCUUGAAGCCAGAGGUGGGUGCCAAGCUGGGCAUGCCCAUGUGUCUGAAGUUAUGGCAGCUCAGCUGUGGUUCACAACCUGUGCUUCUGGCUGGCUAUGAAGAUGGAUCAGUUGUCCUCUGGAAUGUGUCAAUGGGAAAAGCGUUGAGCCAACUCGUUUGCCACCAGGAGCCAGUGAUGAGCCUUGACUUUGACUCGGAGAAGGCCAAGGGGAUCUCGGGCUCAUCUGAAAAGGUGCUUAGCAUCUGGAGCCUCAAUGAGCAACAGAACCUCCAGGUUUACAAAACACACGAACUUGUCAACGCUGGCAUAUCUGAUAUCACCAUCCGUCCAGACAAGAAGAUUUUGGCAACAGCAGGGUGGGAUCAUCGCAUCAGGAUCUUUGGCUGGAAAAAGCUGAAGCCCUUAGCAGUGCUGGACUAUCACACAGCAACCGUCCACUGCGUGUCCUUCUCAGAUCACAGCAACCCCCGGGAGAGACUGCUGGCAGCUGGCUCCAAAGAUCAGCGCAUCAGUGUCUGGUCCAUAUAUGCUCAGACGUGACACAUCCUGCACUGCCAAGGACUAGGAAAGCAGGACUGGUGAAGCAAUUCCUUGCACUGGAAUUCAAACGCGCCUGUGGGGAAGUGGCAGAAUCUGUCUCCAGGCUGAAGUGAGAGUCCUAGCUUAAUUCUUAUGCUGCUUGUUUAAUCUAUAAGUUUUGUCUUCCAUAGAGGAAAGUGAAUUUUAAAAAUUCAUAACAAGCAGAACAAGGCCAGUCACAAACAAAGACCAAAGCUGCUUUGGGUUCUGCUACGGGUUUUGCAACACCUUUCCUUUGGCAGGUUGCUGACAUAACUUGUGCCAAUAUCUUUUGUAAAAAAGGACUGGAAUCCCUCAAACUGCAGUGGGGGCAGAAUAUAUCUGUUUGUAAGUCAUUUAUGUAUCCAAGAAUUUGAAUCAGUGUAAAACAUCACUCUUUCUUGAAAAUUUAUACCCAUUAAACCACCUCCAGUGGUUUCUCAUUGUCAGUUACUUUUUCUUCCCCUUAACUGAAAGGCUAUCAGAACACCCUUGAUUUGUUCACACUUCUGUCAGUUUCUAACUUAAACCAACAGCCAGGAAUGUGACUAGGGAUGGCCUUCGGCAUUUAUGAAUUUCAUUAUGUCUCCUGUCACCUCAAGCCUCACAAUUAAUCACAAGAAAGAAAGGGAAAAAAUCUUCCCCAGCAUUGUGCUGCAAAGCUAUGUAAAGCCUUUUACAGAGCCAGUGCUAAAUCCUUUCCAUAGACUGAUGAGCUGAAGGAUUUAAACUCGGCAAUCCAAUUAGCGCCCUUCUCCUUGGAGAGUUAGGGCUAAGUUUCAGCAUGGCAAGUCUGAAAUUCAGCUGCACAACUCCCAUUAACAUUUAGGGGAAUGCCAUGGGUAAAUCCUUCUCCACACAGUGCGAAUGUUCCAUUAAUUUGUCAUCUCUACAGUCAUGGAAGCUGAAAUUCAUUCAUGAAGUUUUUUUUGUUUGACUCACAAAACAGCAUUCGCAUUCUUCUAAAGCAUAUUAGACACACACCAGUGUGCUGAGAGCCAGGGUACUGCUGGAUUGGUGACAAAGCUGCAGUGAUAACUGUGUCCAGGCUGUGCACUGUUGAUACUUUAUUGGAAAUAAUUGUUUCUGCUCCUGUAGAGAGGUGGAAAUCUGAGAAAAAGUGACCAAAAGUGAAUAGCAACAUCAAAGACUUUAGAAAUUAUUUCAGGAAAAACACACACGCAAAUUAAAGUCUGAGUCUGUUAUCCAGCUGUGCCUUACAGACAGAAUAUUGCUGGACUGAAAGCCUUAAGCACCCAGCCUGAUGUUCUUUACAUUAAAACACAGAACCAGGAUACUGUUGCCAGGCUUUUCUAAAUAAAACGUGGGCUUACACAUUUUAGAGUGUGGUGACACUUUAAAUAAUGCAUUUCUUUGAUUAUUUCUUUACUAUUCAGUAGCUGCAUGGAGGAUCACAUUGCAGUUGAAAGUUAAAGCCUAAUUUUGAGUGAUCCCGAGUCAAGGGGAGGUGACGGUGUUCAUUACAUCUACCAGACAGAGUUGCACAUCUCCACCCAUCAUCCACCUCCCACACAGAAGAGGAGCUUCCCCCACUGUACAAGCAGCUCCAGCGCCAGCCUUGUGGAGCUUUCUUUUUGUUGUUUUUCCCCUUUCUCAAAGUAGGUCAGAAGUGACAUUAAAAAACCCAAUGAAAUAAAUAAAUGGUGGUGCGACGAUCUGUCCUAGGGACUUUGCACAGAGAUUUCCUUUUGCUGUGCUCUCUGGUACAACACCACACACGUGGCCCAGAGGGUGCCAGCAUUCCUCCUCCAUGGCAGCAAACAGCAGCCUGCUGUUGUGCAGUUUCCACAGAACUGAGCUGCAGGUUUAAUGCCCACCCAGCAGGAAAGGAUGCCAGGGCUCACCUAUCUUGGGUAAAUGGUUAAUGUAGGAAACAAUUUUUUAUGUCAAUAUUCUGGCAUUGGAAGAGUGGCACCCCUCUGGAAAGAAGGAUUAAUACCCCAUGCCUUAAUAAGAGCAUUAUUAGAUCAGACCCCAAAAAUUAGGAAUUCUUGAGUAUAUUUUCUCUGAAAAUCGCCAUUUACUGUCAACAUCUGUAUCUAAAGCAACUAGGGAGACUCAUAAGGGGUGUUUAGAUUUACUAAUGAAUCUUUUGGAAAAUACUCUAAAGAUUACUGGGUGCUUAUAUCUAACUUACUGCCUUUUGCUGGGAAUUAAAUAUUUAUGUUUGUCUUACUAGGUAGAUUUAAAAACAAACUUAGUCAUGCAAGUACAAAUUGAAAAUGAGGACAUGAACUGCAUCUCAGACACACAGGUGAGAGUUUCAUCAGCUUCAGGAGGAAGGACACAGAUUGCAGGAACAUGCAGAACAGACCCAUCCUUUACUUCCCAUUACCAAAGCACUAUUUAUGCCAUACUUUUUCACAAUACAAUUAAUUCAUUAACAAUUUAUAUCACUACUGAUUUUAAUUAAACACCCAGUAAACAGAUUUUUCUUUCAUAUGAUACUUUCCUUGAAAUGAACAACCAGACUACACUAGUUUCAUUUAAAAUUGAGCCUAAAUGCCAUACUUUAAUUGUGAAUUACAGUCUUCUAACAGUUUAUUUGCCUAAGGAACUAACCUAGACUUCCCCAAAGAAGAAUGAUUUCCAACAGGAAAGACAGUCUGUAUUAGUAUAGGCUGUAAAAUACAAUUGUCUGAUUAUAACUAUAACUGUAAAAUACAGAUGUCUGCAUCUAAGAAAUUCACAAUUUUUUAAUUAAAAAAAAAUAAAAUUUACAAUUGUGCCAUGAGCAUGGUUGUCACAAGAUAGCCACUGACUUGUUAGCAGAAGGUUGUGAGCGAAGAGCCACCUUAAGAUGCUGGAGUUAGCUCUGAAAUCUCACCUGCCAGAAAGGAACAGGGCUAGCCUGUACCUGGCCUAGAGGAUUCAGGAGUGAAGGUGAUGACAGCUAAAUUAUUACAAAAGGCUUCCUCCCAAGAAUCACCCUCUUUGGCACCAUGAGAGGGAAGAAAGCAACUGGCAUUCGUAAAGUAAUAGAAAUAAAUCCCAAACAGCAGCAUUUGUGCAGCAAUUACAUAGAAUAUUUAUCACCACUGGAAUGAAUGGUGAUCUCUGACCCUCUAACAUUAUUUGCAAAUGAAUCCAUUAGUUACAACUCCUUUCUCUUAUCAGUACAUGAGCCAUAAAGCACUACAGUCCUUAGUGCAGAUGAGCAAGUAAAGAGGAGAUUAAUUAUAUUUGUAGUAAUGAGUGAAAAAGGAAGUAAGCUGGGGGCAUGCAAUGAGGCAGUUGUUAAAUUUAGUCCUUUAGAAUGCAAUUGCUACAGCCAAAAAAUUACUCUGCAGCUUGACUUGGACUGUUGCAAAGGUUUGAGUUUAAAAGAGCAGAUUUUUAUAGUUAAGCCAAUACUGGCUUCUGGACUGCUCUUGUUUUUAGCAUAUUAAGAUGCAUCUAGAAAGCCAACUUACAAAUUAAUAAAUCUUUCCUUUAAUUCAGUCUGCCAAGAACAAAGAUAGAACACUGACUACUGCAGGAGCCAUGUUAGUGAUGUAAACCAAAGGACUGGGGAUUAAACAAGGAUUACUGAGUGCUAAAUCAAUGUGUUUCCUUUUCUGGCUGUGUGUCUGUUGUGUGAAAGUGUGGAUCAUUGCAUAAAACAUGGCACAUGACUGCCUGGAUUAAUACUAGACAAUGUUACGGCAGUGCUGACACAAAGUUUGAUGUUUAAGCAUGACAAUUGUGCUACCAGGAAAGUGACAGCCAUGACUAAGGACAAAGGUAGGGGGGUUUCUGCUAAUGUGUAAUCUUCUGAAAUUCAAGCCCAGGUCUCCCUACUACAGCCUUUCCAAAUAAACUUGGCUGUGUUUGUCUAUGUCCUACUCUUCUGGGGCAUGCUGGAGGUUUAUUUUAUAAUGUGAAGGAAACUAUCCAGAAUUAAGAUCAUACUGGGCAGGAGUUGGCAAUUCAUGUAAGCAUCUCACAGUAUCAAAUUAAAUGAAAAUACCUCUCAGGAAAGUUUUGCUCACCUGAUCAGUGGUCUGAACUACAGCUGUACAUCCUAUCAGCAGUGCUGUACUGUACUGCUUUAUUCUGACCUCUGGAAUUUGAUUUGCAGUUUGGUUUGCAAGAGGAGGAGAAAGAGGAAGGAAGGGGGUAAAUUUAAAACAAAGGAGCAACUUCUCCUGCUGAGUUAGGUGGUAGGAAGACUGUGGAAGGUAUGAAGGGCCUUUGAGCAAACUAUCAGCAGUGGCCAGAUUCUCCACGGGAGAGGGACAAGGAUGGCAGGAAGAGUACCUGGCAGAACCAUACAGUGAUAGGUCUGGCCUCUAAGACUCAUACACCAACUUCUUUUUGUCUCAGACAUAUUUGCUUUUACUUCCCCAGCGUCCUUUUUUAAAGUUGUCAGGAAGUCCUGGAGACCACAAUGUACACCUCUAAAUAAGCCUGUUUUCACCCAGAGGAGAGUGUAUUUAUUUCUGUGCUCUGAAGAGUUGUAAAACCAGAAGCUGCAGUGCCACAGGGGGUAACAGCAGGAAGGACUGACGUCCUGAAGCAGCCAUGUGCACUGCAGGAGAACCACCCGGGAGUAUUAACUCCUCACAGGAGAGUGACACUGCAGUGAAAAAAAUAUUAAUUCUAAUAAUUCUCUUACAAUUUGAAGUUCUAAUUAUUGAAAAAAUAAAAGGGAAUAAAAAAAGCAUUUAAGUUUAGUUGAGAUUACAGCUAAAUGCUAUUUCCUUCCAGUUUUUAUUCUCACUAUACAUAAACUAGGGCAGCAAAAAAAUAUAGAAGUCCUCAGAUGCUUUCUCGACAGCAAUGAUCUCUCUUUUCUACCAGGUGCAGGAUUGAUUGAGCCUGAUUAUGUCCAGAUCAGAAUAUCUAGCAAGAAUGUUCAAAUGCUGAGCUAUUAUUCUGCUCCAUAGCUCUGGCAUUUCACACAUGCAGAAGUACAUCUUCCAGGCCCCCAUGGCACUGCUUGCUAUAAACAUGUUCGGACACAGGUAAGAAGGCAGUGGGUGCACUGGGCCUAUGGAAUAACUUUUAACGUGACAGAGAAUGUGGCUGUGGCAUUUGUCCUGAUGGUAAUUUCAAAAAUUGCUGAUAUGAAAUCCCAGUGAUUGGUGGAUGCAUUGUUUGUGUUCAUGGAAAAGUAUCUAGGCUGCUCUUAACAUAACACUUAGAGUAAGUAUUGCCUCCUCAGAUUUUUUUGCCUCAGUUAUUUUGAUGGCAUGCAGACUUGGCAUCCUGCUAAACAGAGACAUUGAGUCUUUAUAGUUUUAUCUCUUGAGUCCAUCUGGUUUGAAGUAGUUGACAACAAGCAGGAAAGGGAAUAGAAUGAAAGACUCACUUCACGUUUGCUGAAAUAAAAGAAAUGUGCAAGGCAGUGCUCAAAUAGAACCAGCCUGGGAGAAGGACUGCCUCUCCCCACCCCUCCUCUGCCCUUUCCAGAUGACGGCUUUACCUGCAAACCCUCCAUUCUCAUGCUGGCUCUUGCUGCCCACGGCUGGAGCUCACACCCCAGACAAAGCACAGCUGAAGCAGCUGGGCUGGAGCACUGAGAGAAGGGGAACCAACCAUUACCUUCUGGAACAAAGAGCAAUGGGAGCACGAAGCAAGUGGAAAAAAAUGCAAAUGCUGAGCCCCUGCCCAUCAUCCAUGCUAAAACCAGUGACAAAAGCAAUAGUGCUAACACUAAGGUGCUUCUGUAAAUUUGACAGGUUAUUUAUGCCGGUUUUAACUUCUUUUUAGUAAUUCAAAGCUCAAGGACAUCAGUCUGAGUCCCUGGGCACCUGUGCAGUCACUCCUGUGAAGGCAGGCACCGAGCACACAGCAGUGGCACCCAAGGUGUCCUGCCCUGCCCACUGAAACACUCACUGGUUGCCAGAAGGAUCGUCAAGGGAGAGGGAGUACAGUACAGGGAAACAUUCCCUUUCCUUCUCCAUCUCCCAGAGACUAUUAAGAGCAGUUCAGAGAGGUGUAGAACCCAGGCUGGAGAGGAUGUUGCAGAUCACUCACUCUCACAGUGCCCCUCUCACAGAGGGGAUGGGAGGCUGUCCUUUGGCAGCUCCAGUUGGAGCAGGAGAUGGAAGCUGCCCUAGAGCCUGGCAGGAUGUCACAACAUGGAGCAGCGAGCCUUGAAAAUGUGUAGAGCCUGCCUCUUCUAUCUGUGCUGCUCCAUCUCCUUAUAGAAUUAGGUCCUAAAUGUGACUUUUCUGGCUCUCGUUCUUAAUCACUUUGUUACUAGUUCAAAUUUAUAAUUUUAACCUAAAUAUAAGUGAGUGAUUUAUUGUAAUUAUUUUGUAUAGGCUGCUCUUAAUAAACUUUUUUUUAUAUCUGGAAAAACAUUUAAUUUCCCAUAUGGAAAGAACACAUUUAUCAUACUUUACUUGGAUAUACUUGGCCCACUAUUGCACAUAUAUGCAAAACAUAUGUGACAAAUUCAAGGCUGAAUUUCAUAAAACAGAAAUGCUGUGAAAGGUGAUAUAAUAAAUAUAUUACACAGACAUAUGUGGCCAAUUUAUAAAACUAUGAUAUCUUUGGUAAAUUUAUAAUAGGUCAUUUCUAUUAAUGGGGGGAAUGACUGUGUUUUUUCUGGCAUAUGUAACAUACACAAUACUUUGCACAGCCCUCCUGAAGGACAAUAGGCCUUUGGAGAGCAGACUUGUACAUGUACAUACUUUGUGUAUAUGGGACACAUCGGUUUUUUUCAAAAUGAAUGUGUCUUCAUGCGAAAUUUAAAAAAUAAUUUUUUCAAAAUUAAUUAGUGUGUCUUCAAAACCAGCUCUUCCUUCUUGUAUUGAUUGUGUGCACAACAUACUGGGCAGGAAAAAAAAAGUAUGAAAUAAUAUUCUUUGAGAUUUGCAAAGCUCUGAUACACUAUCUAGAUUCCCAUCAACAAUGGGUGUGUCACUGUAACAGACAGCACGUUUUAUAUGCUGAGCUCAUGAUAAUGGCAAUAAUAGAAAUCUUUGAGUGAUCUUUGUUUUUUGUCAAACACCUGUGUAAAUUAUGUAUCUUAGCAAAAUUGAAUUGGAAUGAUUAAAUGAAGAACAAAAGGCGCA